AUGGAUGUUGCCUUAAUGGAGAAUGAGGCGGAGGGCGUAUCAGUCAGGAGGGAAACUGAUAAGUCGCUAUGCACCUUGAGCUACUUAGAAAUCUGUGCAGAAUGCAAGCAGACUUUUCACAACCGCGAAGCAAUGCUAUUGCCAUGUCUUCAUUCAUUAUGCAAGGCAUGUGUGCCAUUGCCCUGGCGGAGUUUGGUGACCUCCGAUCAACGAGGAGCUUCUCCAGCCAACCAAGGGUCCAAACCACUGAAUGUGAUUCGCUGUCCAAUGUGUCGACAAGAGUGCAUGGAUGUGGAUGUGAUGGAGAACUUCUUUGUGAGGGACUCAGUAGAGAUGCCCAGUUCCACGGUGGAUAAGCCUUCUCAGCUGUGUCUAAGUUGUGAUGACAACACUGUGGCCUCUGGCUUCUGCGAGGAGUGUGUGGAGUUUCUGUGUGUCACAUGCAUUGACGCCCACCAGAGGGUGAAGUUCACCAAGGACCAUCACAUCCGACAGCAGGAGGAGCUAUCUCAAAAACUGGGGACUUCCACACCAAAGCCAGUGUUCUGUGAUGUUCAUAAGCAAGAGCCCCUGAAAUUGUUUUGUGAGACAUGUGAUCGUCCCACAUGCAGGGACUGUCAGCUGCUGAAGCACAAAGACCACAAUUAUCAGUUUUUAGAAGACGCAUAUAGAAACCACAGAAGGAACAUGGAGGAUAUGGUUUUUCAACUUCAAGAGAAAAGAAAAUGCAUUGAAGAAGUUUCAAACUUAAUAAAUAAUGGGCUUGCUCAGGCUGAUGAAAACUACACAACAGUUCACAAUGAGAUCAAGAGUUCAAUGUGCAGUUUGAUUUUAGAGAUUAAUAAAAAGGGGAAAAUGUUGUUAAACCAGUUGGAGAGUCUUACAAAAGAUCACCGUAACAGUCUUAAGAAACAACAACAGGAUGUUAGUUCUUUAUCCAGGCACUUGGAUCAUGUGAUCACCUUUACUAAAUGGGCCACUGGAAGCAAUGGUGGCACUGCCCUCCUCCAGUGCAAACGCCUGAUUCUUUUCCAGAUUAGGAACCUGCUGAGGACUAAAUGCAGCACGGCAUUCGUGCCACAGAACAUCGUCCACUUCCAGGGCAAGUCAGGAUACUGGGCCUCCAAUGUUGAACUUGGCUCUUUAGUGGUGGAAAACAUCCCAGGUCUUCAGCUGAACGGCUUCCAGGGCCUCUGCCCCGUGAACCACCCCGGGCAGGGCUCUCCCGCCAGCCUCCCCCCGGGUCCCUCCCAGCAGUCGUGGCACAGCACGCUGGCUCAGCUUCAGAUGCAGGUGGAGAGGCUCGCACCACAGCAGCUGCCACCACCAGCUCCCCCUCCCCACUGGUCAUGGUGCCAGAGUGUGCCUCUCCCUCGGCCACCAUCCAUCCGCCCCCAGAGAGGCUCGGAGGUACCGCAGGGCUUCCAUCCAAUGGCUCAUCAGGGCCGGGGGUUUAUGCCCCCCCAGCACCACCAGUUUCGCCCCAGCAGUGCUAUGAAAAGCCCUGGAUCGCCAAAUCAGAAUUUAAGGGGAGUCGUGAUGAGCCCUGGCUGUCCCCCCAGACACAUGGACGGUAUUCAGGCUCGGAGCACACUCCUGUACUCCCACUGUACACCCCUGGCUAGCAAUGACCAACUGAGCUCUCCCUUCUCCCUACAGCAGAGGAAUGACAUGGGUUUCUCCUCACCCUUACCAAGACCCACCCUUCCACAAACAACCUUCAUUCCAGGAAAUGGUGGUCCAAGCUAUCAACAUCAUUGCAAAUCUCCACAUGCACAUCCUGAUAAAGAAACUAAGGUGUCUGUGGAGGCAUGCAGCUCAGCAGCAAAGCGCCGCAGACGCUCAUCUCCAGGCCCCGUCAUCGUCAUUAAAGACGAACCUGAAGACCUGGACGACAUGAGAUAUAUGCAGUGCCGCCUGAGACCUAGUCUCCCAGACAGCACAGCGGAUCAAGGCCAGACUCCACACGAUGUGCUCAAAGACGGUUCUCACCACAACACGGGGGUCCAAACUGUGGUCUCACAACACAGAACGCCGGACUGGCCACUAGUUGCUCAGCACAAGACCAAAGCAGAAACCUCGCAGGUUCCGCAACAGGGUAUGACUGGCCAGUCCAGUGUUUCUUUCCAGGACUCUGAAAAACAGACUUUGACCUCUCAGCAGGGCACUGAGGGUCAGUCCUCUCGAAAUGCUGGUGCAGAGCAGACGCAGGCCACAGAGUCCAGCUCGGGACCGCUGCCUUCCUCUGACGCCUCCUCUAAUGACUCCACGCAAAGCCCUCGACAGAGCGCUGAUGAGGCCCGGUUCAAAGGUCACGACCAGAGAGCCAGCACCCCACAGCCGUCAUUGCAGGCCCCUUCAGGGAAGCCUGAGGCUGUGCAGAAACCAGAAACGGAGGAGCCCAGUGAGGACUGGUGCAGCGUGUGCCAGACAUGGGGAGAGCUGCUGUGUUGUGACAAGUGCUCUAAAGUGUACCACAGCUCCUGUCACAUCCCACCGCUCCUCAAACCGCCUCGUGGUCAGUGGUUUUGCUCACUUUGUCGAGACCUCUACAAACCUGAGAUGGCGUACGACAGUGAAAUUCUUACGGAGACCACAAUGGAGACUGAGGCCUCUGCCAUGAUGGAGCCCGUGGAUAAAAGGAAAUGUCAGAGGCUUCUACUACAGAUAUAUAGCAGUGAAUUAAGUGCAGAAUUCAGGAGGUCAUUGCCCCUUACCUUUGAACACCAACAAUGUGACUCAGAUAAGACACCAGUGCCACUCGCCGUGGUGAAAAGCAAGCUUGAGUCACAGCAAAGUUCACUACUUCACUACUGUAAGCCAGCUGAGUUUGUCUCGGAUGUGAGAAUCGUCUUCAGAAACUAUUUCAACUUUCAUGAGACAGACUCAAAUCUUAAGGCUGCAGUAGAAAACCUGGAGAAGUUAUUUGAGGAACAGUUGAAGAGUAUGUUUCUUGAAAUCACAUUUCUGUAAGUUUGGUAUGGCGCGAGGCAUUUAUAGCUCAGACCACAUUUUCCAAUGGUGAUAACUACUAAAGCAUCUCAAAGAGUGCAGACAAAAGUUCUGACUCUUCAAAAUACAGUGAGUACUGUGACUUGAGCUAGGUGGGCAGUUAUGCCAAAGGCCUCAAAUCAAACCCAUGGCUCACCAGCACAGUCAUGAACACAACAAGACAUUUAAGAAUGAAUGAAGCAGGCACAUCUGUCAGUAGAGGGGACAUUCAGAUUUAUUUACAGUGUUGUGCUUGUUCUCAUGCCAGAGAAACACAUCACACAACUCAGAAGAACAGAGAUGGUAAAUACUGUAGGCUCAUGACUUCAGUGGAAAGUUGGUUUGAGGACAGUGUGUGGGCUUCUGUUCUAACCUUGAGCAUGCUCCAAAACGUUAGAGAUUAAAAGGGUUCAACGCAAAGGGAACCAAUGCCAAGUUAGCUUAACAUAGAGACAUAGCUGCCCUGUUAUGUUUCCAAAUCUGACUAGACAGACUAGAGCUGAAUUCCAGUCAAUAGCUGUUAGAUGUCUGUAUGACGAAAACACACAGACAUCUUUCAAUAAUUUUUAUCAGAUGAAAGUUUAUUUACAAAAGCAUCCAUUUUGAUAAUGUAGUUAUAAUUUGCCUUCUUGUAAUGUAACUGAUUGGCAGGCAUAUUGUACUGUGAAACAAUGUAUUAGAAUAUCUCCUUAAUAAGAGUAUACAAAUAUUUACUUUCAAUAUGGUUUUAUAGAGCUUGAAACAACCCAGACUACAGUGUUGGCUGACAAUUGAAUUGACUUGACCAUUAACACGCACAGAGCCUUUCUAGAAUCUUCUGAUAUCUUGGGAUUUCUCCAUUACCCUCUUCUGUAUACUCUUGGACAUACAGCCCUUAACAAGACAAACAGUAAAUUGAUCAUGUAAUGUCUUCAGAAGUUUACAUGUGGCAUGGAUACUGGCUUUCCAGUUGAAAUACAAUUUGUAAUCAGUGUUUUUUUAGAAUAACACACAUCUGCACUUAAUACAUACUGUAUGUGCAUACCACCAGCAGGAGGUGUUCCACAGAUGUAGCAAAGGCAGUAAAAGUCUUCAUUUUUAGAAUAUGAAUUGGAAAACAGCGUACUGAUAUUUCUGUCAAAUGGUGCAAUCAGGGUUCAGCAUAUAUUAAUGGAUUUUGAAAUCCAUUGACAUUUUGUUUACAUAUUUGGAUUCAUUAUUAUUUAUCUCUUAAUGAAUGUGUAUAUAAUGAUUUUGCCCUUAUAAUUGGGCACCUCAUUUUGUAGGUGACUGUCAUCAGCAUGAAAUGUGAUGGUGAUUAUGAAAAUACAUGUGAAUGCAUAUAUGGCCUAUUUAAAUGUAUGUUUGCUUA